GGUAAAUUCACCAACAUAAAAACAGACUAUGUGAAAGACGCAUUCACCUAACAUUCUUAUGAAGGAUACGACUAACUCGGGGCAUGUGCAGGGUGAAUGCGACGCUUCCGAAGGUUCCACCGAUGCCGAUGCCGAUCUCACCGCAUGCAAUGAGAUCCCAAACUCCACUAUGCUCGAUGAGAUUGCCGACCUACUACGCUUUGCUUUGGAAGAUGAGCAGGUACGCCGGGAGGAUAUUCAUAAGGUCCUCCAAAAAGAAGGCGGGGAAAUGGGUUGGCGCGAAACAUUAAAAUCGGUGCAAAGUGCUGCUACCCCAGCAUUUCAAAAUACAAGCGAAAAUGGCAGUUUAUUAAAGAGAACUUGGCACUGUCCAUUCUGCGGUGAAAUGCAGAAGACCGCCGAUAUCCAUAAAAGACUACGAACGAAGGCAUCUCUUACUCAGGAUGAUUUACCACUUUGUGAAGAUGCCACACUCAAGUGUUCUGUAUGCGGCUAUUAAAGUUUUUAGUUCUAAUAAACAGAAGGUUAUUUCAUUUUUAUUAUAUAUAUAUAUAUAUUUAUGCAUAUUUGUUUGAUUGCUCUUUAUUGUUCUUUUUAGCACUUUACUCUUCGCUUGUAUCAAUGCUUUUACUGCAUACCACGUAUAUAUAUAAAUAUAUAUAUACAUGCAUUAGCUUUUUUAUAUACAAAAUACUAUGAUAUAAAUUAAAAAUAAAA